AUGGCACCGGACGGAGGUCGUGGCGAGAGUGGCUCCGCCAGCAGCAAUCCAAGGAUGUCCCAAGACAACAGUCGGGUCGAUGGCGAUGAGCACACCACUUCUGGACCUAUCGAUCCGCAUCGCGAACCCUCUGAGUCUUUCUUGGCCGCCCGGAGUGAACAGCCGCAGUUCACACUGCGCGCCUUGGUGGUCGGUCUUCUCAUAGGCAUUCUGAUAGCCUUCAGCAAUACCUACUUUGGUCUGCAGACAGGAUGGAUAUCCGGAAUGGCAAUGCCCAGCGCUUUGAUCGGGUUCGCGUACUUCAAGGGCCUUCGGGCCUUGACGGCGAGGUUGGGAGAGAGUGUGAGUAGAUACGGAUUUGGAGAAGGAUUUUCAGAAGUGGAAAAUGUGCUUGUACAGACCGUGGCUGGUAGUGUUGGUACUAUGCCACUCGGAUGUGGGUUUGUGGGUGUGGUACCAGCGUUAGAGUUCUUGCUCAAGCCGAGUGAGACACCAGAAAGUGGGAGUAGUGAUCCGCAGAUCAUCGCUGCAUUGGCUGCUGCACAAGAGGGCGGUGGCUUGAAGUUGCCUCUGGGAAAGCUAGUGCUGUGGGCGCUUGGGUUGUGCUUCUUUGGUGUCGUGUUCGCGGUACCAUUACGAAAGGAGGUCAUUGUACGGGAGAAGCUAAAGUUCCCCUCCGGCACGGCCACAGCUCUGGUCAUUGGUGUAUUGCAUGGUGGUGAAAAGACAGGAGUAGAAGGCGAGGCGGAGGAACAGUAUGCACGGAAACGGAAACGUGUCAGCCAUGGUGGUGAAGACGAGGAGAGUCAAGCCCUGAUGGGCGAUGCGAGUCCAGAGGCACGGCAAAGCCAAGACGCAGCUCAGGACGAUGAUGUACAUGGGGCGCGAGACCACAACGAUCGCAUGAAGCAAGACUGGCAGAAGCAGAUCCGCCUGCUCACUUACGCGUUCGGAGUCAGCGGUUCAUACACUCUUUUCUCAUUCUUCGUUCCACAACUACACUCCAUUCCCAUCUUCGGCACCUAUCUAGCAAAUACCUGGCUAUGGAAUCUAAACCCAUCGCCAGCCUAUGUUGGUCAAGGCAUUAUCAUGGGUCCGGCAACAACGAUACAUAUGCUCCUCGGUGCAACAAUCGGUUGGGCAAUACUCUCGCCCAUUGCCAAGUACAAUGGCUGGGCAAGCGGCGACGUAGGUGACUGGAACACAGGAAGUAAAGGCUGGAUAGUUUGGAUCAGUUUGGCGAUAAUGCUUGCGGAUGCUAUUGUAAGUCUGGGAUGGUUAGUGAUGAGACCCACGAUCUGGUAUAUCCGAGUCUAUGGCCCGGCCAUUACACGAGAUGUAAACGAGAAAGGCUUGAGCAGAUUCGUGAUGGAAAUCCUCAAUCCGAGAAGCCGAGGCUACAGUCCCGUGGACCUGAAUGACGACCAUCUCCCUCAUGUCGAUGGCGUCUCCAAAAGCACCUCACACCAGAUGACCACUGACGACGAAGGGAAAGAAGAGUACGACGCCCCACCAGAACACCAGAUAGGCUGGAAGAUCACAGUCACCGGCCUCAUCUUGAGCCUGGCAUUCUGCGUCUUCGCAGUUCAGUACUCCUUCGCAGGCAUAAUCAGCAUUGGCCUCACAGUCCUAGCCUUACUCCUCGCCUUACUACUAAGCAUCAUGGGUGUCAGGGCCCUAGGUGAAACAGAUCUCAACCCAGUCUCGGGCAUAAGCAAAUUGACACAACUGAUCUUCGCCCUCGUAACACCAGCCGGCAGCAAAAACGCGGUGGUCAUAAACCUCCUCGCCGGUGCUAUCUCCGAAUCUGGGGCGCUGCAGGCAGGAGACUUGCUUCAAGAUCUCAAGACUGGACAUUUACUUGGUGCGUCGCCGAAAGCACAAUUCUACGGACAACUCAUUGGGAGUGCCGUUGGUGCUGUGGUAAGCGCGUGCGUCUACAAACUCUACACCCACGUCUACACGAUUCCCGGCGGCCUCUUUGAAGUCCCUACGGGCUACGUGUGGAUCUUCACUGCACGGUUAGUAACAGGCCAAGGACUUCCGGAGAAGACAGCUGUCUUCGCAGGCGGUGCAGCGGCUAUAUUUGCUGCACUCACUGCGCUCAGGAUCUAUGGCAAUAGCGUCCGGCAGCCUAAUGGAGAGAAGGGUGCGUGGUGGGUGAGCUAUGUACCAGGUGGCAUUGCGGUGGCGGUGGGUAUGUACAACACGCCUUCCUUCACUAUCGCACGAACUGCGGGAGGUGUGUUGGCGUGGUGGUGGACGAGGUGGAAGGGGCGAGAGGAGACGCCUAUGAUUGUUCUGGCAUCUGGGCUGAUUUUGGGGGAGGGUCUGGUCAGUAUUGUCAAUCUUGCUUUGGCCAGUGGUGGUGUGCCACAUCUACGAGAAUAG